AUGGACACUUCACAGAAAGAGUUCGAAAUGAAAUGCUUUAUUGACGACAUUGGUCGCAUCGGAGGAUUUGGUGGGCUCACUUACGAAGAAAGUCAUUUUAACAUUCUAUGGAAGUUCGAAAUUCAACGAAUGGCAGAUUUUCUCUCUAUACAUUUGACAUGUUUCAAGGAAAACCAUGUCGAUCAUUGGGAAGUGAAAACAGAGACCUCACUGCAAGUAAUAUCGAAAAACGGAACUUCGCAAACAAUUAAAGAAAUUUGUCGAUACGAAAAUGUGGAUAUCCCAGAAGUUUAUAAUCGUUUUGGAUGGUACGAUUUUAUGACAUGGGCUAUGCUGACAGACGAUUUUGCAAUCCACGGAGACGUUACGAUUCAAGCAAAUGUUAGAAUUCUGGAAAUGGUUGGAUUUAAAAAAGAAAAUUUGAUGAAUUUCGAUGAAUUGGCGAAAGAAUUCUCAGAUAUUGUGCUGGUUGUCGAAGAUCGAAAGUUUUAUACAUCGAAACUGUUCCUUGCCUUCCAAUCGUCGUACUUCAAAUCUCUUCUUCUCGGAGAUUUUGCAGAAUCCAAACAAUCGGAAGUUGUUCUCAAAGAUAUCAAUCCGGAUGAUUUUCAGAAUUUUCUGGAAUUAAUUCACGCUGAAUCGCCGAUCGAUGGAAUUCUUCAUUUGGCAGUUCUCUACGAUUCGCCAAUUGCUAUCAAGCGAUGUGAAGAGUUUUUAGUGAAAAAAUCGGAAAAGACGCUGAAAGUCAAGUUGGAACUCUCUACUCGAUACAACUUGAAAGUUCUCAAGGUGCUAACGGCGUUUACAUCAUCGGCAAUGGACACUUCACAGAAAGAGUUUGAAAUUAAAUGUUUUAUUGACGAUAUUGAUCGCUUGGAAGAAGGUAUCGAGCACACUGUCGAAGAAAAUCAUUUUAACAUUCCAUGGAAGUUAGAAAUUCAACAAAUAGGCGGUUAUCUCUCUAUCUAUUUGGAUUGCUUAAAGCAAGACUCUGUCGAUGAUUGGGAAGUGAAAACAGAGAUAACAGUACAAGUAUUAUCGAAAGACGGAGCUUCGCAAACAAUUAAAAACUAUCAUCGAUACGCAAAUAUGUUUAACCUAGAUCCAGACGUUUGUUUUAGUUUUGGAUGGUACGAAUUUAUGACAUGGGAUAUGCUGGAAAAUAAUUUUGCAGUCAACGGAGACGUUACGAUUCAAGCAAAUGUUAGAAUUCUGGAAAUGGUUGGAUUUAGAAAGGAAAAUUUGAAGAAUUUCGAUGAAUUGGCGAAAGAGUUCUCGGAUAUUGUGCUGGUUGUCAGAGAUCGAAAGUUUUAUACAUCAAAAUUGUUCCUCGGAUUCCAAUCGUCAUACUUCAAAUCUCUUCUUCUCGGAGAUUUCGCCGAGUCGAGACAAUCAGAAGUGGUUCUCAAAAAUAUCAAUCCGGACGAUUUUCAGAAUUUUCUGGAAUUAAUUCAUGGAGAAUCGCCGAUCGAUGGAAUCCUUCAUUUGGCAGUUCUUUACGAUUCGCCUACUGCAAUCAAGAGAUGCGAAGAAUUCUUGGUUGAGAAAUCGAAAAAGACGCUGAAAGUGAAGUUGGACCUGUCUACUCGUUAUAAUUUGAAAGUUUUGAAGGUGCUGGCAGUAAUCAAAUCAUCGGCAAUGGACACUCCACAAAAGGAGUUCGAAAUAAAACGUUUAAUUGAAGAUAUUGAUUGUAUGGAAGAAGGUGAUGACCGCAGUGUCGAAGAAGACCAUUUUAAUAUUCCAUGGAAGUUAGUAAUCAUCCGACAAGAUGGUUUUCUCUCAAUCAAUUUGUUUUGUUUGAAGGAAAAUCAAUUGAAUCUUUUUGAAGUGAAAACUGAGACCACAAUACAAGUAUUAUCGAAAAACGGAACUUCGCAAACAAUGAAAGAAAUUUGUCGUUUUGGAAAUGAAGAUUGCCUUCCCGUGGGAAGAAGCUGGGGAUGGUCCGAAUUUAUGACAUGGGAUACGCUGGAAAACGAUUUUGCAAUCCACGGAGACGUUACGAUUCAAGCAAAAAGUCGAAUUCUGGAAAUGGUUGGAUUUAAAAAGGAAAAUUUGAAGAAUUUCGAUGAAUCGAUGAAGGAGUUCUCGGAUAUUGUGCUGGUUGUCAGAGAUCGAAAGUUUUAUACAUUGAAAUUGUUCCUCGGAUUCCAAUCGUCAUAUUUCAAAUCUCUUCUUCUCGGAGAUUUUGCGGAAUCCAAACAAUCGGAAGUGGUUCUCAAAGAUAUCAAUCCGGACGAUUUUCAAAAUUUUCUGGAAUUAAUUCAUGGAGAAUCGCCGAUCGAUGGAAUCCUUCAUUUGGCAGUUCUUUACGAUUCGCCGACUGCUAUCAAGCGAUGUGAAGAAUUUUUGGUGGAAAAAUCAAAGAAGACUCUGAAAGUCAAGUUGGAUUUGUCUACUCGUUAUAAUUUGAAAGUUUUGAAAGAAAAAUGCAUGUCCGAGAUCACAUCCAUCGACGAUAUUCGAUCCGUGAUGUCCGAUGAAAUGGACUUAUCGAUUUCUAAUGAAUUACUCAAAAAAUGUCUUUCUCUGUGUUAA